AUGAAAGAAACUGACCCUGACUUUGGUCCAUCGAGUUCUUCCUACCCUCAGAGCUGCUCGUCUUCUAGCUUUCUUCCAUCAAUGCCUCGAGUCGCGCACGAUAGCAGCGUGUUACGCAAAGUCACCAACAUCGGGGAUCCAGGGUCUCCUUCCCAUCGAUACAGGCGAUCCGGGUUAGAGAACGACGAUGGAUCUUCUCGUGGGUUCCAAAUGGCAAGCCUACAGGUCAUAUCAUCUCUUUCGACACCCAUAUCACGACGCAGGUCCCACAGGCUUCCUGCCGAUGAAAGAGGUGAGGGUAAUGAGGAAGCUCAGACCGUAAUACGCGAUGAACAGAACGUCUCUCCCUAUGGGAAUCUUCCUGGAUGGGAUCAGAAUCCAUAUGUACCUUGGUCGCUGCUAGUUGAGAACUCGUCACGAAUCGAACACGCAAAGCACGAAACGUACGCCAGGGUGAAGGCGUUCCGGGACCUGGGACUAAGGCGGCGGCAAGAGGAGGCUGGCCAUUUCCAAGAAACGACGGGGGAGGACCAGGAACGGCUGAGAGAGGAAAGGGAAGCUUUCAUGCAGGAAGUGCGACAACGUCGUGCCUUGGAACUUGAAGCAAAAAUGCAGCAGAAGAAAGAGAGGUUAGAGAAGGAACUUGCGAGGAAGGAGAUGGAUGCCGCACGACGUAAAUGCAAGAUGGAAAUGCAGGCCAAGAGAAGGCAGGAAGCCGGUACGAUUGGGCAAUACGUCGUGCUCGACUCGAGCCUUGUUACAUGCCGCGCGGGGUUGGAGAUCUUCCAAGUCAUCCCUGGAUUCGAAUUGUGUCGCAUGACGAUGAAGAACCUCCCCUUCGACGUCAAAAGAGAGGACAUACGAGCAAUCUUCUCCCAAAAGGGCAUUUCGCCGGUCGAUUACUGCGUUCUCGAUUCAAAGGAGGUCGAUGGGAAGACGGAGACUGGGGUUCUCGUGAACGUUGAGCAACGCAAUACCGUGCUGCGAACCCUGGAUGGCGUGGCAUUGUGUGGACGGGUCAUCUCCUUGCACCUCAACGACUCUCCAAGUUGGACAAUGGGCAGCAUGACGAAGGAACCAAUGCUCUUGACGGUGUCGUGGAAACUCCCUGUUCAGACAUUGAUCGCCAUCUACAAUACGCCAGCAGAGGCUGUCCAACAGGCCCGGUGGUUGGACGGGAAGACAUGGAAGGGCCAACAGAUUUCGGCUUGUUGGGAGCAAGGGCAUUCGAGAGCAUCCAGUCUUGGCCAGGUCACGGAUUUCCGAACUGUGAAGCUCUCAGGAUGUCGACUCGGGGCAGAAAGAGACCCAGAGUUCGUGCAAUUUGUCGGGACGCCUUCCAGGUUCAUCAUCCCGGAUCCAACCGCGACCACCUGGCAUCAUACUGUCAUUGCAGACGUUCGAAAGCAUCUGACUAAAUACGCUGGAGCUCAAACGCAAUCCCUCGAGAUUUCGACGACUGGGACAGGCGAAUGUUUGAUCAGAGUAGAGUUCGAAGAUUGGGAAGGCCUAAAGGCAGCGCACGCGUCAAUAGACGAAAGAAGUAUAGGUGGCGGUCCGAUACUCACUGCAACGAGGCCUGGCCACAUCCAAUAUUCUAUCAAGAUACCAGUACAGCAGUACGAGGCACAGAAGAAACUAUGGGACGUCCUGUCCAAGUCUGACCCCAUCACUAACGCCUACGUCCGCGCCCAAACCGAAGACUCGCACACUGUUGAAAUACGUCUCUUCGGCGCGGACCCAAAGACAAUGGGCAUCUUGAAAGUCAGAGUCGAGAAUCUUGUCGCGGGCGAGCAGCUUGGGCCGGAGUACUGGCAUUCCACUUUCGCAUCCGAGAAUCGGUCGAAAAACUUCUUCGACUAUCUCCGACUUGCAACUGGCACAUACGCUAAAGGAGACGCGAAGGCCCUAACCCUCAGGAUUUACGGCGAACCUCGAGUAAUCGAAAAGGCUCAGGUGUUGAUCAGGUCCUACGUGGGUAGAAUGGCAGGAAUUGAAACCAGAACGACGUUGGAUAGAGACUCCGUGGGGUUCUUUGUGAGAGAAGGCCUUGGACGGCUGAAGGAGCUCCUAGGAGAAGACAACGUCAGGUUCAACCUUGAUUCAGAGGUAUGCACAGUCACCAUCAAAGGAGGCGAAGAAGCCAAGCACCAUCUCAGGCGGCUCAUCGGCGAGUCGAAAUCGCAAAUGCAAUUUGAAGACGAGCUGCCAGGGAUCGUUGGGCGGACUUGCCCGAUUUGCUAUGACGACGUGUCGAACCCCGAGCAGCUCGGUUGCGGGCAUACUUAUUGCUCGGGAUGCUUGAAGCACUUCCUACAUUCCGCCACCGACACUGACAAGUUCCCUCUCGUCUGCAUGGGCGAAGACGGCAGGUGCAACGCGCCGAUCUCCAUACCCUUCCUCCAUCGUUUCCUCCCUCCCCAAGUCUUCCAGCAGCUCAUCGAAGCCGCGUUCAGGUCGUAUCUCCAGAAGCUCCCGCAGGAGCUGAAGUACUGCCCGACCCCCGACUGCAAACAGAUCUACCGCGUCCGCCAGGAUGUGAAUGCCAUGCAGUGCCCGUCGUGUAUGUCCACUAUCUGCCCCCGUUGCAACGAGGAGGGACACGAAGGCAUGACCUGCGAGGAGAGGCGCAUAUACAAGGACCCGGCGGAACAAGAACGUCUGAAUGCAGAGCUCGCAGCGGGUCGAGGGUACAAGAGGUAUGUGGCGUUCAUAUGUGCUGGCAGUGCUUGGGCAUCUUUGCGAAUGGCGUCUACAGUCACACAUGCCCUACAACUAGAAAUUGAAGGUCGGAGCUGCUGGUGUGGCAUAGAUUCGUCGAGGUUGAAGGUGUGGAGUUGA